CCUUCACUCCAAUGCCCUGGCCCUCAACAUGAAGAUCUACAUAGUGCUUCUGUGCCUGCUGCUCACAGCUGUCACUGUCAGCCCAGAGGAGCAGGCUGGGCCAGAUAAGGCAUUCGUCCCAGUCUCCUGCUGCUUUGCUGCAAUAAAAAGGAGGAUCCCCUUUAAGAUGGUGCAGAGCUACAGAAGAAUCACCAGUAUCCAGUGUUCCUGGGAAGCUGUGGUCUUCAAGACCAAGAAGGGCAGACUUAUCUGUGCAGACCCCACAGAGAACUGGGUCAAUGAUUAUGUGGUGCUGCUUGACCAGAAGUCUCAAUCUCUGCAGCCUUGAACCUUCAACACUUGGCCUGAGAGACGAUGACAGCCUGACACUUUCCCCUAACCUUCUCCAUGCACAGAGUUGUAACAAGCAGAGUCGUUGGAGGUGCCUGCCCUGUGUGUUUCCUCAUCCUUGUCUCUUACAGGAAUAACUGAAAUAAA